AUCACCAACUGUUUCGCAGCUGCGGCCGCGCUUGGCCUGGCCAGCGCUUCACGUGCAUUCCAAAACGCUUCCAUNUACUAUGGCUUUCCUUUGCUGCAGGAUGCCAACAGCACUGAGCUGCUGUUUCCUAUGCCAGCAUGUCACGGCUUUGUGAUUGCAGAAAAGAGCAUUGAGGAGCUCCAAGCAUACAUGUCCUCUGGCAAUCUCACCUCGGUCCAGCUAACCACCUGCUAUCUACAAAGACUCUUCCAAACUCGCGAUUACAUCAAUCCGAUUAUCGAGGUAAAUCCCGAUGUUCUCGACAUUGCUGCGGAGAUGGACAAGGAGCGCCGUCAUGGCAAGGUCCGUGGACCUCUGCAUGGUAUUCCAUUUGCGGUCAAGGACAACAUUGCCACCAAGGACAAGAUGCAGACGACUGCUGGGUCAUGGGCUCUCCAAGGAAGCAUUGUGCCUCGUGAUGCCUACGUAGUGAGCAACCUUCGUGCAGCUGGUGCCGUGCUGCUCGGUAAGGCCACUUUGUCCGAGUGGGCAGACAUGCGUUCCAACUACUACUCGGAAGGAUACUCUGGCCGUGGUUAUCAAUGCAGGUCUGCAUAUAACCUUACCGUCAACCCAGGAGGCAGCAGUUCUGGAAGCGGUGUUGGUGUCGGAGCCAACGUCUUUCCCUUUGCUCUAGGAACCGAGACGGAUGGCUCGGUCAUCAAUCCAGCUCAGCGCAACGCCAUCGUUGGUUUCAAACCGACCGUUGGCCUGACUUCUCGUGGUGGCGUCAUCCCUGAGUCUCUGAACCAGGACACUGUGGGCGCUUUUGGCAAGACUGUUCGCGAUGUGACUUAUGUUCUCGAUGCCAUCCAUGGUGUGGAUGUCCACGACAACGAAACCUCUGCUCAGGUUGGCAAGACACCCAAGGGCGGGUAUGCACAGUUCUUGACGAACAGAACCGCACUCAAGGGUGCCACUUUUGGCAUUCCCUGGAACAGCUUCUGGGUUUAUGCUGAUGCUCAUCAGCAGGAGGUCCUCCUUGACCUCGUCUCCUUGAUCGAAUCUGCUGGUGCCACCAUCGUCAACAACACUGAGCUUCCUUACUACAAGACCAUCGUGUCUCCCGAUGGUUGGAACUGGGACUAUGGUAGCACACGCGGCUAUCCCAACGAGAGCGAGUACACCUACAUCAAGGUCGACUUCUACAACAAUAUCCGCACCUACCUGGCCGACCUGAACAACACAAACAUUCGCUCGCUCGAAGAUCUCGUGCAAUUCAACUACGACAACGACGGCACCGAAGGCGGCUACCCAUAUGCCAACGGCAGCGGCAUCCCAGCCUUUACUUCCGGCCAAGAUGGUUUCCUGGCCUCGCUAGCCACCAAAGGAGAAAAGAACGCAACGUACUGGUCCGCACUCAACUUCUGCCGCUACACAACCCGCGAGGCAGGUAUCGAUGCCGUGCUAGCCAUGGGGCCCAACAACACCCAACUCGACGGUCUCUUGGUGCCUCCAGAUGUCGCCCAAGCACCCCAGAUUGCCGCUCAGGCUGGCUACCCGAUGCUGACCCUGCCCGCCGGCACGCACGAGAACGGUAUGCCUUUUGGUCUGGCAAUCAUGCAGACGGCGUUUGCAGAGGACAAGCUUGUCAAGUGGGGGUCUGCGAUUGAGGAUCUGCAGGUCAGUUCCAACACGCCUCACAAGAGGACGUUGCCUCAAUGGCGUGACUAUCUGGUCAGAAACAUUCCCGUCACCUAA